GUGAGGGGGGGCAAUACAGCAUCAUCAAAACACUGAAACACACACCUCCAUCCAAACAGCUAAGCUCCCAACCGGAAUAAACAAAAACACAAAGUGAAGAUAAGCGAAGGAGGGGAACAUUGCGCGCUCGAGAGCUUUUCAUUUUCAAUUGUUUUUACAUUUAUUUUUUUUAUCAUUAUUAUUUUUUUUUUCGCCUCCACCCGGAGCAGGUUUGGGUGUUUUUUUUUUUUUUUUUUACCUCCGUGUCGACUACCCGGUGGUUCUCCACACACACACACACCUACCUUGUGCCUUUGGAAAAAAACACACAGUCACACAGCGGGGAAGGAGACGGGGAUCAUCUGAGAGGCGGCUGUCCAGAGAGGAGGUGGAGGACAAUGGAGGGGAUGCAGGCAUACGGAGCCGGGAAAGCCGGGGGAGCCUUCGACCCGGUCACCUUCCUCCAGCAGCCUCAGACCGUGCUCCGCAUCGUGUCUUGGCUCUUCUCCAUCGUGAUCUUCGGAUGCAUCGCCAAUGAGGGCUACAUCAACCGGCCCGACGAGGUGGAGGAGUUCUGCAUCUUCAACCGCAACCAGAACGCCUGCAACUACGGCGUGUUCAUGGGCUCCAUGGCCUUCCUCUGCUGCGUCGCCUUCCUGGCUCUGGACGUCUACUUUCCUCAGAUCAGCAGCGUGAAAGACCGGAAGAAGGCAGUGCUGGCUGACAUCGGAAUCUCAGCGUUUUGGUCUUUCAUGUGGUUUGUGGGUUUUUGCUUCUUGGCCAAUCAGUGGCAGGUGACCAAGCAAGAGGACAACCCCUUGAGAGAGGGAGGCGACGCUGCUCGGGCGGCCAUCACCUUCUCCUUUUUCUCAAUCUUCACCUGGGCGGGCCAGUCGUUCCUCGCCUUCCAGAGAUACAAGCUGGGGGCCGACUCCGCCCUCUUCUCCCACGAAUACACCGACCCCAGCCAGGAUGCAGCCGGAGCGCCCUACACGUCCUUCGGAGGGGACGACUUGGAGAGCCCAGGCGGCGGAGGCGGCCAGGCCAACAGCGACGGGGCCUUCGACGGCUCCGGGGGCUACCAGCGCCAAGACUACUGAGACGUCGAGGUUCGGAUGCGCUUUGGGAUUGAGAUGUUGUUGCCCAAACAAACAAAGCAAACAAAAAAAAAUCUAAUUUGAAUGAAUAUUUUUUUUGUUUUCUGUCACUGAAAACCACUGCCUCAUCCCAACCCUAGUUACGGGUCUCUAAUAAUUGGAGUUCAUGCAGUUCUGAUGGGCUGUUUUAAACCGCCGUUUGACACGACGGCUGAAAGUUGACAUGGUAACUCAGACUUGCGGGUUAUGAUCUGUAACAAACUGUCUCACACAAUUAAUAGUGUGAGAGGAUCAUAUUCUCUACGUUGGUAGAAAAUUUGUGGAGAUUUAUAGAAAAUUUCUACCAAUGGCAGAAAGUAUGACACACCAAUCAGAGGAACAGUUUGUACCAAUUAUUACUUUUUCUGACUUUCUUGUGUUGCUUGAAGCUCUCUCCGUGUUUGGAUUUAUCUCUUGAAUAUGUUAACAGGUAUUAGCGCCCCUGAUCAAGAUGCUUUAAAAAGCCUUAAAAUAAAUGAUCAUUAACUCCAACAUGCAAUUGUUUUUGUUGCAUUCCUCUAUUGGCAACCCUAGAGGACUGUUUCUUACCUAAUUAACAGGGUUCACAACCCUGUUAAUUACUUGUUUGCAAAUAGUGGCGAGGUAAUGAAAGUGAGAGAAAAGAGAAGCAGAAAUUAUUAGACUAACUCCUCAGCAUUGAUGUGUGACCGUGAAACUAUGAAAAAUUUACAUUUCUUCAGCUUCACCGCAGUAUACUUUACAUUUAAAGGUCUUAGCUUUUUUGCUUAUAUUAUUAUGACUGAUACGAUUAUUUAGAACUAGUAUUUUAGAAGCAACAGUGUCAUUUUACAAUUUUUUCUCAGCUCUUUAAUGAAUUAAACUACAGACAACAACAAAAAACAAAUUGUGAAAAACAAACUGAGAAUUGGAGUGGCUCUUGGGGGACCCCUGCUGGCUGGAGACCCUAAGCAACAAUGCCACUUCCUGAAACAGGAAGUAGUGUAUUCCUAACUUAAAGUUCCCUUGGGUGUUAUCACCAACUGAAGAAAUUAAGUAUAACAUGACCAAAGGAAAGGGUUGGGUCCAAAUAAGGGUGGUCCUGGUAAUUUUGUACAUAUAUAAAAAGAAUUGAAGGAAUUAAAAUUUUUCCUCUAAAUAGCUAUACCCAUAAAAAGCAACCUCCCUUCCUUCCCUCCCCCUUCAUUUUGUACUUUAAAAAAAUAUGUAUUUAUUUCAGGGCUUUUUAACAUUUUUUACCAGGGGUUCCCAUGGAUGAGACGGUCCUGCGGUCGUGGUUUACACUUUGAACAGGCAUGGGAAAAUUUUUCGAAAUACAAGAGCUAAUUGGAUAAAAAUGGUUUGGAAAUGGAGGGAACUAUAAGGAGAUUGUGUGGUCAUGGGGAAAUCAUCACCUUUUGGCGAAAUCAAUACUUCUGAUCACAUUGUUUUCCUCUCGGUCAGCUCAGUAACACAAAUCAGUCAUCUAUGAAAACUCCCACAUCCAGAGCGGGUAAUAAGUUAAGAGUGGAUUGAUUUUUAAUGAGAUACACGGUUUAACACAGGAUAAAGCAUAUCUGGUAUCUCAUAACAGUGUAUUUAUGUGUGUGUAUGCGUGUGUAUUGCAAUGUUUUGUUUCCUUGAUACUUGUAUGUGAGACAGAUUUUUUUUUCUGUUUUUUUUUUUUUUUUUUUUUUUUAAUUGUUGCCUCAGUGCUGACUGCCAAGCAAAAUGCAACCAUCAUAGGCGACACACGUGUACGCCAGACGUCCCAAUCACACACUUUUCUCUCCUGACCUUUUUCCACCAAAGUUCAUCUCGUCAAGUUUUCUGCGGCUUUGGUCUCAGAGGGCACAAAAACGGGAGAACGAAAACCGAGCUUUAGUUGAAACAAUGCUGCGUCAUCCGUGCCGCGGGUGUCGACGCUAUCAAAAGAACUCUUCGUCUCGACUUUAUUUCGACAACAGGAUUCAGCCGUGAGCCUCCUGAGUGUUUAUGAACACACAUUUCUCUGUUCUCUUCUACAGUAAUGUACACCUAUCUCUCUCUAUAAAUAUAUACAUAUGUGUAAAGAGAUAAUUCAGUGGUCGACAGAGAGAUUCUGCUUUAUUUUAGGGCAUUACGCUAGUUAUUUAUAA